GGACCUGGAGACUCUCCUACUCUGUUAUUCAACUUCUCAGACUUCAGCUCAGACGAGACCAGAACCAGGACCAGGACCAGUAUCAGAUUCAGGACCAGGACCAGGAGUAGAACCAGGACCACGACCAGAUUGAGGACUAGAAGCAGGACCAGGUUUAGGACCAGGACCAGGACUAGAACCGGGACCAGGAUGUCCACUGGGGUCCGGGCGUCCCCUCCAGACGGGGGCUGGGGAUGGAUCAUCGUGUUCUGCUGCUUCAUGGUGACCGUCUGCACACGAGCAGUAACCAGGUGCUUCUCCAUCUUCUUCGUAGAGUUUCAGGCCCACUUCGGCACCGACAACUCGGCCACGUCGUGGAUCCACAGCCUGGUGGACUGCACCACAAUGCUCUGCGCUCCGCUGGGCAGCCUGUUGAUGAACCACUGGUCCUGCAGGGCGGCCGUGAUACUGGGAGGUCUGCUGGCGUCCUGUGGCCUCCUGAUCAGCUCCUUCAGCAGGAGCCUGGAGCUGCUCUACUUCAGCAUGGGGGUCCUGACAGGUCUGGGUUUUGCCCUCUGCUACACACCCGCCAUCGCCCAGGUGGGCUACUACUUCCAGCGAAGGAAGGCGCUGGCGUACGGCGUGGCCAUGUCGGGCAGCGGGAUCGGGACAUUCGUGUUGGCGCCAGUGGUGCAGCAGCUGAUCGAGCUGUACUCGUGGAGGGGGGCGCUGCUCGUCCUCAGCGCCAUCGUCGCCAACCUGUGCGUCUGCGGGGCGCUGCUCCGACCAAUCACGCUGCAAGAGGAGGUGGAUGAGGGGCCGGAGCAAUGUGACGAGAAGCAGCGCUGUGACAUCUCAGCGCAGGAUGCUGAACUCACCAUAAAACCCUCUCAAGAAUCCAAAGAUGCCCUCCUGUCAGCAGACAAGUCGUUGCCGCCAUCUUCCCUGUCUCUGAACAGGAAGUGGUGCUUCAGCUCGUGCUUCCUGUCCAGUAAGGAGUACCAGUUCCUGCUGCUGCCGGACUUCCUGGGUCUGGCCCUGUCCUUCCUGUUCCUUGGCAGCGGCUGCAGCUUGCCCUUCGUCUACCUGGUGCCCUACGCUCUGAGCGCCGGCAUCGGCCACCAGCACGCUGCCUUCCUCAUGUCAAUCCUGGGAGUCAUCGACAUCGUGGGGAACGUCACCUUCGGCUGGCUGACAGACAGGAGGUGUUUGAAGCCUCACCGUCUGUCCUGCUAUGUCUUCUCGGUGGGGAUGGAGGGUCUCUGCUGCCUCUUCGUUCCCCUUCUUCGUUCCUUCUCGCUGCUCGUUCCCUUCGCCGUCCUCUACGGAUACUUCGACGGCGCCUAUGUCGCUCUGAUCCCUGUAGUGACGUCGGACGUGGUGGGAGCUCCGUACCUGUCCUCGGCGCUGGGCGUGGUCUACUUCCUCCACGCCAUCCCCUACCUGGUCAGCCCACCAAUCGGAGGUUGGCUGGUCGACAUCACAGGAAGUUACACGGCCACCUUCUUCCUGAGCGGCGCCGCCCUGCUGGCCAGUGCAGUCGUCCUCUCUACUGUUGCCGGGAUUCGCCGCUGCCACCUGACUGUCACCAAGCACAAGCCCCUCCCCCUCAGCCCGGCCGACCAAUCAGGUUGCUUCGGUGUGCUCAGCAAGCAGGCAGCCAGUCAGAGCGUCGCCGCGUAGCCAAUCAGAUUUACCGACAUCCAAGAGUACCGUGAGCUGCGACUGGCUGGGACAGAAGCCAAUCAAAUGAGCCAGAGACACAAGAACCAACAACACUAUGACGAACUCUUUUAUUUUGAAGAGACUUCCUACUUCCUGUUUGAACUGGAGCAAGGUGCUUCAAUGCUUGUUUGUUUGUUUGUUUUGUGACACAACAGACCUAAAGACAUCUGCAGUCGAGCUCACUGAGCCAUACGGAGUCCCAGUGGUGCCAAAAAGCUGCUGGUGUGACGUUUCUGUUUCCACGGUGACCACGUUUCAUAUUUAUUCCUGCUGUCUGACCGGUUUGGUUUAACUCAGGUGUUGAUUUACCUGAGAGGAGUCAGACCUUCUGAUCUAACAGCAGCUGUUACGUCAGGUCUGAGCUGGUGUCUGAAGAGUUAAACUUUCACCACUAAAGUCGUUAAAAUCAGGAAACUAAAAGCUGCUGUUCUACAUUAGAACAUUUGGAGACGUUCUUAAACGUGUUGUUUUUGUUGCUUCUCAGAUAAACUCGAAACUCUGGUCAAUGAUGAAGCUCAGCUCAGGACUUUGGUUCCUGCUGAAGAAGUAAAUAUUUAAACACUCGAAGCCAAAGGUCUGAUCAGGAUAGUUCAAUUAUUGAUCCGAUUAUUGAUAAGCCUCACUCCAGCUCUGUCACUUAAAAAUACUUUGUGUGGAAUUAUUUGUUCCUGCUGGUCUAAAUAUUACUGUUUGUAAAAUUGAGGAUGUCAAAGUUAAACCUCUAAAGU